AAGCAUGGGGGCGCUGAACCACCCAUCGAGGGAUGAACUUAAUCGUCUUUCAAAGGCCGUAAAUAAACUGCCAAGCAGUACAAGAGCCAAUGACGACCUGGCGGAAAUUAAGCAUAAAACAUAUCCAGCAUUCAGAAGACUAAGUCGACCUGAGGCGUGAGCGGUCAACGACCCGGUAUUCACUGCAGUUGCCAAAGCCAAAUAUGGAAAGCAUAUGCUAGGAUCCUCAUUCGGUUUUGCCGAUCUUAUUUCUGGAUCCAGAAGCCCAACAUAUAAUUAUCUUCUUACGAUGAUGCCCCUUUCAACUGCGGUCUGCUUUAUUUUAGUGUCACUCGCCGCAGCAGACAAGUCGAACGCAAUAGAAGCCAGACAACUGAAAGAGGACUUGUCCUUCUGCUACGGUCAGGGAGCAUAUUGCGGAUCAGCUCUGGAUCUCUGGGAUCAAUGCAGCGAUCUACAGAAAAAUGCCAAAGAUCUGAAUCCGUGGUACGAAUGCAUUUGUGCAAAUGGGUAUUUGUCCACGAAAAUAGCGUGUAAUUGGUGUCAAGCCGCAUUCAAUAUCUCGUACACUGUCGGUCUGACUGAAGACGACACGGAAGCCUGCCAGAGCCAAAGCUACAGUAUCGCACCUAUUCCAGCAACGAUCCAAGCUUCGCAAUCUUCUCUCAAUGCGACAUACACGGGAAGUGUUCCAGGCGCCAACAAUGCCAACUCCCAAGCAUCAACGACUGGCACAUCCGCACCAUCAGAAACCUCAGGGAGUGGAGGAGCAUCAGGGAGCUCUGGGGGAGCAGCAGUGACAGCACCACCUACUCCACAAAUUGGCAUCUCAGCAACAAGGUCGACCUUUCUGUCAACUGUCACAUUCAAUGGUGGGGCAGCUGGAGCUGGAGCCCCGAGGACCAGCACGACUAGUGCAACACAACAAUCAGCUACUAAUACGCCCAGCGUAACACCAACUGGAGCUGCGCAUGGUGGGAAGAAUGGAUUUGCGGCUGGCUUGGCCAUUUUCAUGUUCGCAAUUAUGGGUUUGGUCCUGGCCUAAGUACCUCCGAUGAGUGGUGUUCUCUUCCAGAGAUGCUCGAACUUUGGAACAUGUACAGUACGUACGAAGACUGAGGUGAUUGCUCCUGCUUUGGAUUCGAUCCAUUACCAAGAUAAUACAGAAACGAUUUCAAUUGCAAGGCAUUCUCCACAACAUCUUUUGCGUAAAAUGGAAAUCGACUAAAAAAGCGCAUGAGAGAGCAAAUCAAAAUCAUCGAUAGGCAUCUGCGGAAGGGGACAUCCAACCCGCCCGCCGACUUGGCAGCUCAGGCACCGACAAUCUUUUGCACAUCAACCCCCACUCGAUUCUGGGCGUGCUCUUUGGGGGCUUGAUUGUCGAUUGUGUCAUCUAAGCCAUUCCCAGGAAGCUGAAGCUGCCAAGUGACUACGAUUUUAGAGCCCCGUACUGGGAAUUUAAGGGUCCUAAAUGGACGAUCAAUUUCCCUUCUUGCCUCGGUUCGAGCUAACGAGCGCCACGAAAUCCUUCGCGCAAGCACUGAACAAGGAGAUGACCAUGACUCGCACAGGGAAUAAUAAGAAAGUUUUGACAGCUGGCCAGCGGUGAUCUGGAGAGAUCCACAUUCGUCGUUGCAGGUGAUUCUUCUCGGUGAACCUCCUUGCCAGGGAGGUGCGAUUAACCUUUGAAGGCUUGGCUCGCUUACUCUCGCUAAACCCUUUUGAGAAGACAACACACCCUUCAAGCUAAAAAUAUCCGUCGGACCGGGGAAACUUUCCACAGGGCUAACAGUUGUGCAAUCUCGGUUUUAAAUUUGAUGUCUAUUGCAUGCGUCGGUAUGGAUUGAAGUUAUAUUAUUUUCAACGCCACGGGUUUGAAGGUUGUGUUCGCGUUUGUCAAAGGGCAGAAAGAUUUGUGUCAUUGGUGAUUGGUGGAAGUGGUUCGGGUAAAUUGGUUGCGGAAUACGAGCUUGGGAGUAUUAUUGAAUCCUCCUGGCAGGUAUCAAAGACACAGAAUGAAGAAAAUAA